UGGAUUGAAUCAUCAUCGGCGGUCGUAAAACUGUGCUAGAUCUGUGUUUGUCCCCACCACAAGGAAAAGUAGGGGCAGGAAAUAAGCAGGGAAGGAUACCAUCUGGAUGGAAGAGCAACCAGAGGAGAAGAGAAGAGCAGAAGAGACACAAGAAAUCGAGCCGAAGGGCAUUUUAAAUAAAGAAGCAGAACCAUGUCUGACACGUGUGCUCUCUGAAGAGGACCCUCCGCUUUCCCUCUCCUCUGACCCGAGAUGGGACGCAUGCUGGGCUUGACGCUGGCCUACCUGGCCCACCUGGCGGCUUGCACGUUGGGUUCGGAGCGGCAGCAGCACCAGGUGCAGCACGGCCCUUGCAGCUACACUUUCAUCCUUCCUGAGAUGGAACAUUGCCAGCGCCAGAAAAACUUGGAGGUCUCGAACACCCUCCAGGGGGACUCCCCAGCUCAGGUCAAAUCGGCCGCGAGUCAAACCACCCUCGGCAGGACCCAGAAGAACAGGUCCUCUCGGCAGGAAAUUAAGCUGGAGAGUCUGGAAAGUGCGACUGAGAAUAAUACCCUGUGGCUGCAGAAGCUGGAGAACUUCAUCCAGGAGAAUGUUCGCUCAGGCAUGGAGGAACUAAAACGAACCGCCGUGCACACCCAGACAGCCGCCAUGCUAGAGAUGGGGACCAACCUCCUCAGUCAAUCAGCGGAGCAGACUCGCAAACUGACUGAUGUUGAAACUCAGGUAUUAAACCAGACGAGUCGCCUGGAGAUCCAGCUGCUGGAGUACUCCCUUUUUGCCAGUCGCCUGGAGAAGCGUAUCCUCCUGCAGACUCAAGAGAUCGCACGCCUCAGUGACAAAAACAGUUUUCUCGAAGAGAGACUCUCGGCACUGGAGGCUCGUUACGGCACGGAGGUGCAGGGCUUGCAAAGUGAAAAGCAGCAGUUGUGGGAACUGAUGCAACGGCAGGGCCGGCUGGUCGGCCAGCUCCAGGGCGAAUUGGGCAGCGCAACCCUCAACAACACGCUGCUGCAAAGGCAGCAAGCUCAGCUCGCAGACAGAGUUGAGCAGCUACUAGCUUUGGUCAACCACUGCAACGAAAUCUCCCAUAUGCCCAGACAGGAGCCACCUCGCUUCAGGGAUUGUGCAGAGAUUCGACAUUCUGGAGAAACAGCGAGUGGGGUAUACAGCAUACGCCUCACAAACUCCACCCGCUCCAUCAAGGUUUUCUGUGACAUGGAGACCAGAGGUGGAGGAUGGACCGUGUUCCAACAUCGCAGGAAUGGCUCCGUCGAUUUCCAUCGCGGAUGGAAGGACUACAAAUUGGGAUUUGGAGAGCCUUCGGGGGAACACUGGCUGGGAAAUGACAUUGUCCAUAAAAUGACCAGAUCUGGGGAAUACAGCCUGCAUGUCCGGUUGAAGGACAGAGACGGCAAUGAGGCCUACUCGCACUAUCAACGCUUUUACAUCGAGGGAGAGGAGCGCAACUACAGCCUUCACGUUGAGGGCUUCAGCGGGACGGCUGGACGGACCAACAGCAUGGCCCACAGCGGCACCCAGUUCAGCACCAAGGACAGAGAUAAUGACCGUUGCACCUGCAAGUGUGCACAGUUGGCAUCUGGAGGUUGGUGGUUUGAGGCUUGCGGACCAUCCAACCUGAAUGGUGUGUACUACCCCAGCUCAUCCAGUGUGGUUCGCUACAACGGCAUUAAGUGGUACUAUUGGAAAGGACCAAAUCUGAGGGUGACCAUGGCAACCAUGAUGGUGCGUCCAGCAAACUUCUAAUGGCUGUUUAUUUUCGGUCAGACUUUCCUCAUCCAUCGUGGACACCACAGUAUUUGAGAACCCGAUUCGAGUUAGAAUCGGUGGCAGUGGAUCCAUUGUGAAUCGAUGCCCCGUCAAAAGAAGGUUUGAAAUUUCCAAUCCAUGCCACAAUAUGGCAGCAAAGUAUUCCUCUGGCCCGAAUUAAACUCCUCAACUCACUUCAACAAAUGCAGACCUGAAGAUCGGAAAUAUAUUCGAUGCCAGUGAGGACUUGACUCGACUUGAUUUUUAAUCAAAUAUAAUCACACAUUUUGAAAACGAUUUGUUUUUCGAUUUAGUUUUAACAUUUUACAAUAUGACAACCAUGCACUUACUUCAGAUUGUCACUGAAACAAGGACAACCAUAACAAAUGACUUUGCCCUUCCAAAGUGAAGCAUUCACAUUCUUCCCUGUCCUGACUCUCAUGAAAUAUUCAUUUCUGAGUGAUUUUGCUCAUCAAAGCAUAUUAUACAUCCUUACCAGGGGUGGUUUAUUUUCGAAAUGCAUUUGCUAUAACGUCUUGGGACAACUAAAAAGAACAGAGCAUGUGCAUUUUCUGUUGUCACGGCAACCUCACACUUGACUUGCACGGCUGUUUGGAGAAAUGAUCCAGGAGCGCCCGUCCCUGCAGUUCCUAUUAGCGUGCAAAUGUUUGCCACCUGCAUCCGCCGUGUACACUGAGCGUGUUCUCUGAGCGGCAUCUGGCAAUUUAAUGCGACUGGACACAGCUUGUUUCGCCGAGUGGACUGGAGAUCAUUUUUAAUUCCUUAUUUUCCCCAAGAAAAGAACACCUAUUUGCUGAUCAUGUCAAAAUAUGUGUUCCGCACAGUAAAUUCUUCCGUUCUCUGCAAAUUGCCUUUUCUUUGUGAGGCUUCACUGAACCUGUGAAGGACUCAACCAGCCUUAACUGUCUUUGAUUUACUCCUCCAUUAGGAAAAAUGCAGGACACGCUCAGCACAGUCGAAUUGCUCUGUACAAUGAAGCGCUAUUAAAUUGCCGGUGCGGCGUAUUAACAUACAACGUGAGCAUAAAUAUCCGAUAAAAUCACACCGUUAUAUAGAAAAAUGGAUGCGGCGCACAUCAUCACAUACGGAUGUUACGGUCGCACCGACGGUGACAACACACAUAUACACCGCCACGUACACAGCGCUAAGACCAAGUGACGGUGUUGCUUUGUUAGUUUAUUAGAGCCUCCAAGGGACUGGACAGGCUAUAGAUCACAACGGGGCAAUGCCGGGAAUGAAUCCAUCAAAGCGACUUUAAUAAAGUCGGGAUUUGGCCGACUGGCUCAACAGAUGAAAUGUUUACGUUCGGGUCCAGUGAAGAAGACCAAACUCCCGACUUUUCCCGGUGCCCGUUUAUCAGAUUUGAAGGAGAGGCAAAAGUGAAGCAAGCGGUGCGUCGCAAUGUCAACCACUCUUUCCUCAUGAUGUGGAACACAAGGCGGCCACAAUGGAUGUGGCGAAAAUGUUCAAGAGAGUCACUGCUAGAAGUGCCCUGCGCACGGCAUUCGGCUUCAAGGCGCACCCUAAAUGCGUGAUGAGAUUAAGAGAUGAACUUACUUUGACCGUCGCUAUACUGCAGCUGUUCAAUGUUUCAAUACUUUUUGCACCAGUUGCUGUUUUCUAACAGGGGGCUGAACAGCAAAAUUCAAACGGAUGUUCAUUUCCAGGUCCAAUUAGAAUUGAUGUUUAAACGGUCCUCUUUAUCACGCUAAAUGGCAGGGGCCCGUUAUUUAUCUGUACUUGUGGAUACCGAUGCCAGCGUUUUGAAUUUGACGUAUGGGGACACUAACGUUAACACUUUUUAGGAACACCCCAAAUUAUUUCUGAUGUAUAUUUACUGAUCCAACCAAAUUUGACACAUUAGCUGUGAUGAUGUA